AUGGUCAAACUAGGCAAAAACUCUAAGCGGACGCCUGUCCGGCUCCGACACAAGAUUGAGAAAGCCUCCGCGGCGAAGCAGCGCAAGCAGAGAAAGCUUGCUAAGAAGAACCCCGAAUGGCGCUCCAAGAUCAAGAAGGAUCCCGGCAUCCCCAACCUGUUCCCGCACAAAGAGAAGAUGCUCCAGGAAAUCGAGGAGCGGAGACGCAUGAAGGCCGAGGAACAAGAGAGAAUCCGCGAGGAUGCCCGUGCGAGACGCGCUGCGCUGAAGCAGAGCGGUGGACAGGAGGGUGCCGCUGAAAACCAGAUGGUCGAUAUUGAGGGCGAUGAGCUGCUGGAUGACGAGAUGGACGAGGACAUGGCUGAUUCGGCGAACCCGAUGGCUGCACUACUUGCGUCUGCUCGUGCUCGCGCAGCGGAGUAUGACGGCGAGGAGAGUGAUGAGGACGAGGAUGAGAUGGAUGAGGAUGAUGAUGAGAUGGGUGGGCUGAGUGAGGAAGAUGAGGUGGAUGAAGAUGGUGCUCCAGCGCUUGUGGCGGGUAAGGAGACAUCGCGACGGGCGUUCGAUAAGGUCUUUAAGAAGGUCGUUGAGGCUGCGGAUGUUGUCUUGUAUGUGCUAGAUGCCCGUGACCCUGAGGGUACGCGGUCGAAGGAGGUCGAGCGGGAGAUUAUGGCUGCGGAUGGUGGUCAGAAGCGUCUGAUCCUUAUUCUCAACAAGAUUGAUCUUGUGCCUCCACCAGUACUGAAGAACUGGUUGAUCCAUCUGCGCCGCUACUUCCCCACCCUCCCGCUGAAGGCUUCCAACGGUGCCGGCAACGCCCACAGCUUCGACCACAAGCAGCUCUCCGUCAAAGGAACGUCAGAGACGCUGUUCCGCGCUCUCAAGACAUACUCCCAGAACAAGGACCUUAAGCGCGCCAUCUCUGUCGGUGUCAUCGGAUACCCCAACGUCGGCAAGUCCUCCGUCAUCAACGCUCUCACGGCCCGCAUGAACAAGGGCUCCAGCAACGCCUGCCCCACUGGUGCCGAGGCCGGUGUCACUACCAACCUCCGCGAGGUCAAGCUCGACAGCAAGUUGAAGCUCAUCGACUCGCCCGGGAUCGUCUUCCCCAACACCAGCGAGAAGAAGAGCAAGAAGAAGCAGGACGAGCAGGCCCGUCUUAUCCUCCUCAACGCCAUCCCCCCUAAACAGAUCGAGGACCCCAUCCCCGCUGUGACACUCCUUCUCAAGCGCCUCUCGUCUUCCGAGGACCUCCUCCAGAAACUGCUCAAGGUCUACAACAUCCCCACCCUCUUCCCUGCCAGCUCAACCGCCGACCAGACAAACGGCUUCCUGAUCGAAGUUGCGCGCAAGCGCGGCCGUCUCGGCAAGGGCGGUAUCCCUAACCUCGAAGCUGCCGCGAUGACAGUUGUCAACGACUGGCGUGACGGACGUAUCCAGGGAUGGGCUACUCCUCCUGUUCUCCAGGUCGUCGAUGCGAAUGCCGGAUCCACUGCUGCCGCGGCUGCUGCGCCUGGUGUCGACACACGGCAGGUCGUCACACAGUGGGCUGCAGAGUUCAAGAUCGAGGGCCUUUGGGGCAACGGGGCUGGUGAUGAAACUAUGGAGGAGUAG